GGUGUAGUCCUGGCUGUCCUGGAACUCAGGUCAUUCUUUUUACUGCUGUGGACUUUCCCCGGAAAGUUUCUUAGGAGCUCUGAAAAGGACUCAGACUCUACCCUUCAGAUCUCCAUACCUCUGUACCCACUGUAACCAGCGACGGGUGCACUGAUUAGAUGUCCUUGGUGCCUGCUCUGAUGUCCUCUCUAAAAGCCUGGGCCCUGCUUCUGCUCCUGCUGUGCCUGCAGCAUAGCCUACUUGCCCAAAGCACUUCCAGGAGGCAGUUCAUGGAACACCAUCACCUGAGUCCAAACAAAAUGUUCAGUGACUAUAACUGUGAUGUCCUCAUGACAGAUAAAGCCGUGAAACCCAAGCUCUCACACAUGUUUGUUUAUAUGACAUGGUACAAAGUUGAACAUAUAUGCAUUGGUAGCAACUGGAGAGAUCGCUACAAAAAUAUGUAUAUUUGGGCCCAGACUCCCAUUAAGGUCCUCAGGUGCCAGUGGGAGAGUUUGAAAAAUAGAUAUACAGAGAGAAGGAGUUACAGCUACGUUCAGUUCCAUUGCAAUGCUGAUGGGUAUGUCGACAGCAUAGAGGACAUAAAGGCUCUAGAGCCCAUCCUGUAGAAAGUCUCAUCACCUCUGGAUGGUUCUGAAAGAGCAGUGAAUAGUUCUCAAGUGUCAACCUCCUUCACCCACCCCUCACUCUCCCACCCACCCCCAAUCCUCCACCCUUCACCCCUACCCUCCACCCCACUUACCCUUCACCCUCCACCCCCUGCUUACAAUAGUUACUGUUACUUCUGCUUUGCAAUUGUCUGUCAGUAUUUUGCAAUCAAUCACAUUGAUUCUUGGUAUUACAAUCGUGUUUAUGGGUUGUCUGCCUGCAAUAACAUUCUUCCCUUGUUUACCUACUUUUAUUCCCAUUUUUCAUGACUCGGCUCUCUGCUACUGUGACAAAAUGUUUGAGAGAAAGCAUUCAAAGGAGGGUUUAUUUGCCUCCUAAUCUCUGGGCUGGUCUGUAGUCUGCUGGCUCUGUUGUCCUCAGGGAAGAGUUAGGCAGAGCAUUGUGGUGGGGAAAUGUGGAAAGUAGACAGAGAAGGAAGGAGAAGAGUAUAGGGACAAGAUAAGACAAUGGCAGCUCCAGUGACAUACCUCCUCUAGGUGGGCCUUCAGAUCCACUCAGCUAUGAAUUCAUCAAUGGAUUAAUCCACUGCCAAAAUAAUUACAGCUUUCAUGACCCAACUGUCAAAUAAACCUUCAACACAGGAGCCCAUGGGAGGACAUUGGACAGCCAAACCAUGCCAGCAUCUUCUCUUGACUUAUCCAGGAUUUUUGCUGAUAUCAUCAUCUUUAUGCCUAUUCAAACUAAAUGAUCUUCCCUUCCCAGAAUAAAUUGUUAUUCCAUUGUG